AUGAUCACCGGUCCUAAAAUAAGCAAAGCCCUUAAUGCACUGGUAUCCCAGAUCCAUGGCCUAUCAGAAUUCAUGGCGUAUGACCUCCCAAAGGAUGUCCUCUACUCUGUCGCUCGCCAUCACGGUAGCUCUAUCCGGCAUUUGCGCUUCCGACAUACAGACCAUAAGGGCCUACACUCACACCGCAUUCUCCAACGAAACACAGGAGAGCUUCCUCCACAGGCUCGCGAGGGCUCAUUUUAUGGAGGAUGUUUGUUUUCGCCUGAUGAGCUUGAGGACUUGUCCCGCCAGGUACCGGGGCUCGAAAGACUCGGCAUUGACAUGUGCUUUGCUGGGGCUAUGUUCACGUCUGCUAGCCAGUCAAUCAUCUUGACAGCCUCGGAUGGUUUCCAAGCCUCAGAUAUCUGGAACUCAAUACUCCACUCGCGGAACAAAUGCCAACCCACUAUAUCUCGAAAAGCUCUAACCGACCAUGGCUCGACGCUACCAUUGCUCGAGAGAUAUUCAGCCAUGUCGCGGAACAAAAGCUACUUCGGCGAGCAGCAGGCCCACAUCUAA